ACGACAACGGGUUCUGUGGGGAGGGGCGCAGUUUCUGAGGCCCCCCAUCUCGAUCGUCUCCUGGUCCUCCGUCCGAUGGGCGCCUCCGCGCAUCUCAAAACCCACACCCCCAAACAAUCCCACCAGACGCCCAGCCCCCUCACUUCCAAGCGCCGCAAACGCCGCGACACCGCCGCCGCAGCAGCAGCUGCAGCGGCUCCUCCCCCGUCCUCCCCUGACGUCGUCUCCUCCGACGCCGCCCCCUGGUGCUGCGCCCCACUCUCCUCUCCGCCCCCGCCCACUCCCACUCCUCCUCCACACCGCGCUCUCCCGCUUCCUCCUCCUCUGGAUUCGGACCCCAUGGAGGCGGCGGCUGCGAACACGGCGCCUUCGUACCCCGCGUGCGCGCCGCCCUACCCGUCGAGCUACAGCAAGUUCAACUCGGCCCUCAACGCGGGGCUCCUCAACCCCAUGUCGCCUCCCCCCACCCGCUCCAGCCCCACCCUCUUCGACAUGAUGGCCAACGAGCACGACUACCACCCCCGCUCCGUCGCCGCCGCAGCUGCAGCUGCAGCUGCAGCGCCGCCGCCGCCGCCGCCGCCCCUCCCCCAGCUGCGCGCGGAGAGUCGCCAGGCCCAGCUCCAGGAGCGCGUCGCGGAGCUCCUGGGGAGCCGCAGCCCCGGGAGCCAGUUCAACGACCCCGAGUCGAGCGACGUGCGCCUCACCCUCGCCUCCAAGGACGGGCUCGCCGUCUGCCUCAGCGUCCACCGGCACAUCCUCGUCGCCCACAGCCGCUUCUUCGCCGCCAAGCUCUCCGACCGCUGGUCCAGGCAGCAGCGCGCCCUCCCCCACGUCGUCGAGAUCUCUGACUGCGACGACGUCGAGGUCUACAUCGAGACCCUCCGCCUCAUGUACUGCAAGGAUCUCCGCCGCAGGCUCAUGAAGGAGGACGUCGCCAAGGUCCUCGGCAUCCUCAAGGUGUCGGCGGCGAUCGUCUUCGACGCGGGGGUUCUCUCUUGCCUCGAAUACCUGGAGGCGGCGCCGUGGGCGGAGGACGAGGACGAGAAGGUGGCGUCGCUGCUCACCCAGCUGCGCCUGGAGAGCUCCGGUGCAGGGGAGGUGCUGAAGAGGGUCUCCCUCGAAGCAGGCCCUUCGUCCGCGGCCGACGAGGCCAGCGGGAACGGCGGCGCCGGCGAGGAGAUCCUCGUGCGGCUCCUCCACGUCGUGCUGGAAGGGAAGGACGAGAAGGCGAGGAGGGAGAUGAAGGGCCUCGUCUCCAAGAUGCUCCGCGAGAGCAACGGUGUCGCCGCUCCCCCCUCCUCCUCCUCCGCCUCCGGCGGAGACCUCAGCAAGGACUCGCUCUACGCCGCCUGCGACGGCUGCCUCCGCCUCCUCCGCCACCACUUCCUCCGCGCCGCCGCCGCCCCCGCCCCUCCCGUCGCGUCCUCCGACCCCUCGGACACCGCCCAGAUUGCGCGGCAGGCCGACAACCUCCACUGGAUGCUCGACAUCCUCGUCGACCGCCAAAUUGCCGACCACUUCCUAACAACCUGGGCCGCCGAGGCGGAGCUCGCCGAAUUGCACCCUAAAGUCCCGGCGAUCCACCGGUUCGAGGUGAGCCGGGUCACGGCCCGGCUCUUCGUCGGAGUCGGAAAAGGCCAGAUCCUGGCGUCGAAGGAGGCCCGGUGCCUUCUGCUGAAGACGUGGCUCGAGCCGUUCUACGAGGAUUUCGGGUGGAUGAGGAGGGCGUGUAAAGGGCUCGAUCGCCAUUUGGUCGAGGACGGCCUCGCCAACACCAUCUUGACGCUGCCGCUGGCGAUGCAGCAGGAGAUUCUUCUCGCGUGGUUCGAUCGGUUUCUCAACUCCGGCGAGGAUUGCCCCAAUAUUCAGAGGGGGUUCGAGGUGUGGUGGCGGAGGGCCUUCUGGCGGCGCAACGGCGAGCCCGAACCGCCGCCGCAGCUCAGUAUCACCGCCGUCUCGGAGAAUUCUUGCUGAGUGGCUUCACUGGGCGUGACUUGCUAAUCUUCUUGGGGCCUAGUUUGGAAAUGCUGCGGCAAAACAUACUCAUUCAUCAAUAGUCAAGAGGGAUUGCCAAAUCCGAAUAUCUUUGGUUUUAAUCUUAUGGAACCCAAGUAUUUUUCUCCGGUGGCGGUUUUCACUGUUAGUUUAUAGUAUCAGAGAACAAGAGCUAUUAUAAAGCCCCUCGAGUAUAUCUUUGGAGACCAGAUUUUCAGCAUUAGCAUUAUCUUCUCUUCUUAAUCUGCCCUGUUUGAUCCUUUCUUGUUUUGUUGCUUGAUUCUAGGACGAUGAUCAUCUGUUCAUUAUAAGACUAGUGAAGAAAAUUUGACCGGAAUCUACUGGGAAUUGUUUGGAAUACAAGUACGCCAAUUGAUGCUAACAUUUAUUCAUGAUUGUUGUUGCGUAUAGAGCAAAAAGGAAGCGGCUUUGGAAUUAAAGACGAUGAAUACUUUGUUUCCCC